CAUGGCUUCCUGAACCUCGGAACGGCUUGGGGCUCCUUUACGGUUUCAAAACCUUUGGAAAUAAUUAACAUCUCUUCUUCCCACGUAUAAAAUAUUUACCGGCUCGGUUUUGUGCCUAGUCGGUUCAUCAUGGCAGGGAGCAGCACGGCUCAGAAAACAUGGGAGCUAACUAACAGCAUGCAGGAAGUCCAGAGUAUAGAUGAAAUAUACAAAUAUGACAAAAAGCAACAACAAGAAAUCCUCGCAGCAAAGCCGUGGACAAAGGAUCACCACUACUUCAAAUACUGCAAGAUCUCAGCGUUGGCACUACUGAAGAUGGUGAUGCAUGCCAGGUCUGGGGGAAACCUGGAGGUGAUGGGUCUGAUGCUGGGAAAGGUCGACGGGGAAACCAUGAUCAUCAUGGACAGCUUUGCCUUACCCGUGGAGGGCACAGAAACCCGAGUCAACGCCCAGGCUGCAGCCUAUGAAUACAUGGCAGCUUACAUUGAAAAUGCCAAACAGGUUGGCCGUUUGGAGAAUGCAAUUGGCUGGUACCACAGUCACCCGGGCUAUGGGUGCUGGCUCUCGGGUAUUGACGUCAGUACUCAGAUGCUCAACCAGCAAUUUCAGGAGCCUUUUGUGGCCGUUGUGAUCGACCCCACUCGGACUAUUUCUGCAGGGAAAGUCAACCUUGGCGCCUUUCGAACUUACCCAAAGGGAUACAAACCUCCUGAUGAAGGACCCUCAGAGUAUCAGACCAUCCCUCUGAACAAGAUUGAAGACUUUGGAGUACACUGUAAACAGUAUUAUGCCUUGGAGGUCACUUACUUUAAGUCCUCCCUUGAUAGAAAGCUCCUGGAACUCCUUUGGAAUAAAUAUUGGGUCAAUACCUUAAGUUCUUCAAGUCUCCUCACGAACUCGGACUACACCACGGGCCAGGUGUUUGACCUGUCGGAGAAGCUGGAGCAGUCGGAAGCUCAGCUGGGCAGAGGCAGCUUCAUGCUCGGGUUGGACACGCAUGACAGAAAGUCUGAGGACAAACUGGCCAAAGCAACACGAGAUAGCUGCAAGACAACCAUAGAAGCAAUCCAUGGUCUGAUGUCUCAAGUUAUUAAGGACAAACUCUUCAAUCAAAUCAACACAUCUGCCAAUUAAAUGUGAUCAGGCCUGUUUUCACUUUGAAAUGCUUUUUGUGCAUGUCUAGCACUUGUGUUUAACUACUAAGGGUAGCAUCAUCUGAUGUUUCUCUUGGAAAUGCUUUUUUAUUGAAUUUCUUCUUUUGUCUUCAUUGUAGACAAUAGUACAGUCAGGACAUGUGCAAAAAAUAAAAGUUAAAAAAUAAUGUUAAAA